AUGGUUUCUUUCAGCUCCCUUUUCCUCGGUCUUGCCGCCGUCUCCGGCGCCUUCGCUGCUCCUGCCGCUGAGGCGGGCGAGCUGGUUGCCAGGCAGUCUCUCACUGCCAGCCAGACCGGUACCAACGGCGGCUACUACUUCUCCUUCUGGACCGACGGCGCUGGCGACGUCACCUACACCAACGGUGCUUCCGGCAAGUACAGCGUUGAGUGGUCCGGCGGCGAUGGCAACUUUGUUGCUGGCAAGGGUUGGAGCACUGGCAGCGCCAGGAACAUCAAAUUCUCUGGCGACUUCAGCCCCAACGGCAACGGCUACCUGUCCGUCUACGGCUGGACUACCAGCCCCUUGAUCGAGUACUACAUUGUCGAGUCCUACGGUGACUACAACCCGGGCUCCGCCGGCACCAAGAAGGGCACCGUCACUUCCGACGGCAGCACCUACGACAUCUACACGUCGCAGCGCACCAACGCCCCCUCCAUCCAGGGCACCGCCUCCUUCACCCAGUACUGGUCCGUCCGCCAGAACCACCGCAGCAGCGGCACCGUCACCACCAAGAACCACUUCGACGCCUGGGCCAAGCUCGGCCUCACCCUUGGCAGCCACAACUACCAGAUCGUCGCCACCGAGGGCUACCACAGCUCCGGCUCCUCCAGCAUCACCGUCUCGUAG